ACUCCUUCAUGAGAGUCAAGGUCGGAAGACUGGGUGGGGAGGCUGUCCCAGGCCAGCUGAUUUCCAUUGAUGACAACAGAAUGGUGUGGCACCAGAGCUUUCACCAGGAAGGAAAAGAAGGAGGGGGAGCCAUUCUGCUGCUAUGAUUGUGCUCCAUGUCCUCAAGGCAAGAUUUCAUCCCAGAAAGAUAUGGAUGACUGUGUUGCAUGCCCCGAAGACCACUAUCCACACAGGAACCAAUCGCAAUGCAUUCCAAAGACCAUCAGCUUCCUGUCCGUUAAAGAGCCUCUGGGGAUGAGCUUAGCAUUGUUGGCUCUUUCUCUCUCUCUCCUCACAGUGGUGGUCCUAGCCAUCUUCAUUAAACAUCGGGACACACCCAUUGUCAGAGCAAACAAUCGGGACCUCACCUACACUCUCCUCACUUUCCUCCUGCUCUGCUUCCUCUGCCCAUUGAUCUUCCUCAGCCCUCCGGAAAGAGUGAGCUGCCUGCUCCGACAAAUGGCUUUUGGCCUUGUUUUCACAGUGACCGUUUCUUGUGUUCUGGCCAAGACUAUCACGGUGGUUCUGGCCUUUGUGGCCACCAAACCAGGAUCCAGAAUGAGGAAGUGGGUGGGGAAAAGACUGGCAAGCUCCAUUGUGAUUUCUUGUUCUCUUAUUCAAGUGGGCAUUUGUGCUGUGUGGUUAGGAACCUCUCCCCCAUUUCCUGAUUCUGACAUGCACUCUGCGAUGAGGGAAAUCAUUCUAGGCUGUAACGAAGGAUCAGUUGCCCUGUUUUACUGUGUCCUGGGCUACAUGGGCUUUUUGGCCAUUCUCAGCUUUGUUGUGGCCUUUUUUGCCAGAAAACUGCCUGACAGCUUUAAUGAGGCCAAAUUCAUCACCUUCAGCAUGUUGCUCUUUUGUAGUGUUUGGAUCUCCUUUGUUCCAGUGUACCUGAGCACCAAGGGGAAAUACAUGGUGGCUGUGGAGAUCUUCUCCAUUUUGGCCUCCAGUGCUGGGAUACUGGGCUCCAUCUUUGCUCCCAAAUGCUACAUCAUUGUGCUAAGGCCUGAUUUGAACUGCAAGGAGAUGUUAAUAAAGAAGAAAUAACAAAUUAACCUAACAUCUCUGUUUUUUGUUCUAUCAGAAUAUGGGCAAAUUAAUCUCUCUUUUUCUACAUCGUAUAACCAUGUUAUAUUUUAUCU